GGCUUGCUGUAGCUGGCGGGGAGCGUUACGUGGCCGGACUAUUGAUCGUCUCCAUUCGCCGCUCAACCUCUGUGGAUCGGUUGAUGCGCGUUUAAUUCACAGGGCCCAAGCUACAAACCUCAGAGGGUGGAAGGAAGGUCACAUGAGGCAAAUAGCAAGAAAGUGGCCAUCUACAAGUUGUGAGGAAAGCUCUCACCAGAAACCGAAGUGGCUAGCACCUUGAUCAUGGACUUCUAGCCUCCAAAACUCUCCCAUCUCCACCGAAGAUCCCAACGAGACGACAUGCCUCCCAAGAAGCCUGAGCCUAAGAAGGAAGCGGCCAAGGCCGCCCCAGCCCCUGCCCCGGCCCCAGCUCCUGAGCCCCCCAAGGAACCUGCCUUUGACCCCAAGAGUGUCAAGAUAGACUUCACGGCCGACCAGAUUGAAGAGUUCAAAGAGGCUUUCUCGUUGUUUGACCGGACGCCGACUGGAGAGAUGAAGAUCACCUACGGGCAGUGCGGGGACGUGCUGCGGGCCCUGGGCCAGAACCCCACCAACGCCGAGGUGCUGCGUGUCCUGGGCAAACCCAAGCCUGAAGAGAUGAAUGCCAAGAUGCUGGACUUCGAGACGUUCCUGCCCAUCCUGCAGCACAUCUCCCGCAACAAGGAGCAGGGCACCUAUGAGGACUUCGUGGAGGGGCUGCGUGUUUUCGACAAGGAGAGCAAUGGCACGGUCAUGGGUGCUGAGCUCCGCCAUGUCCUCGCCACCCUGGGAGAGAAGAUGACCGAGGCUGAGGUGGAGCAGCUGUUGGCGGGGCAAGAGGAUGCCAAUGGCUGUAUCAAUUACGAAGCCUUUGUCAAACACAUCAUGUCUGGAUAAAGCAGACCCCUCGCCGGUGCCUGUUCUGGGCCUUAGCCUUUCUGGAGUGAAUUAAGCCAGAGACCCAGAGAGACUGAGCUGGAGCUGGGGUCCUGGACUUACCCGACACAACAUGACUCCUUGGGCCCCGAACCCUCCCUGUAAAUAAACGGUUCUGGCAAGCCUGGGCCAAAUACUCUGA